AUGCAAGCGUGCUUCGUGCUUGAAUGCUUGAAUUCGCGAAUUGCUUAUCGGGGCAUUGGCAUUGAAAGGAGAUACCAUAAUGUGCACGUGGAGGAGCAAGCUUUCGAUCUCGCAGCCACACUUCUGAGCCAGAAUGGGCCAGAGGUUGCCACCGGCUUUCCAGGAGUUGGCCAACAAAGCAACAACAGGCUUGACAAGAGUAAGAGUUGUGUCACGUUGCAGGCGCGCUGCACCGCUCAGGAGCGAGGCGCUCCCAGGCGCCUCUGCGAGGCCCUGAACGCGGAACCCGCCUUGAAGGUGAAGGACGCCAGCAACGAGCGUUUGAUCCAGCUUCACCUACGUCUGACGACGGUGGCUUCGUACGCGGAGCUCCAGGGCUUCGUCCGUCGUUGGCCAGGCACUGCUUGCGCCGUAGCGGCUGUAGGCCUUGGCGGUGCAGACCGGAACGUGCAAUUUGCUGCGGUCUUCCGGGAGGCUUACGGAGACCGCGACGUUUUAGUGGCAAAGACUCGCGCAAAAGCUUACGGUGGCGUGGGACCUUUGCACAUGUUUGCAGAAGCCGAUUUCCAUGGUGCAGUGGUGCUUGAGCCUGCUAUCGAGCAUGUUCUGAAGUACGAGCCCGAGGCCAACGUCAUGAUUGAGUUGAAAUCUCCGCCUCAGUGUCCGGAAUUCGAAAAGUCGGCGGUGGCUUUCGACGCGGAGGCUGCACUUUCAUCCCGGGCACUGUGCGCGGCUGCUGCUCUGGCCCCUCGUGGUGACGGCCCGUCAGCCUCCUGCUUGCUCGCGAAAGAGCUGAUGGUCCGCCAUCCCACUGCACCGGACAUCCAGACUGCCGGCUGCAAAGUGCCAGGGAUCCAAGAUGCUCGAGAAGUGAGCCACGACUGCUUUGCGACCUUCGUGCAUUUGGCCCAAGCACGUUUUGCCGCGAUGCCUGUGGAGCUCGCGCCAGUGAUGGUGGGAACAGAGGCCGCAUCCGGCGUGCAUGAAGGCCGUGAAAGCAUAGAUCCUGACGAGGAGGCUCAGGUUGAGAAGCAGCUUCUGGCGAAGGCACGACAAGUGCCAUUGCAGCCCGACUACUUCACUGGUGGACCCGACGCACCAGCAAAAAUCGGAAGAAUUCACUUGCUCCGGUGUUUCGGCCGAACAGCGUACAUUGGGCCACAUUGGCCUUGUUCCAUCAUCAUGCUGGCAGUCAUUUUGGGCAUCGGCAGCUCCUUUGUCAUGUACCAUACAGCAAGAGCCAGCUUGCUACACUCUGGUCUAGGCGUUCUGGCAACCGUUGGCUCCGCAAUCUCAUUUUUAUGCUGUGCCGUUUCGAGCCCUGGAAUUCUGCAGCCGCGGCCCGGGAGCAAGGGAGGUCCAGGAGAGCCAGAGCAGUACUUCGCUUCAAACGGGAAGAGGCAUUGCACAGCGUGCAACAUCAAGCAGCCAGUCGGUACUCUUCACUGUGAUUAUUGCCAUGUUUGUAUUGUCGGCUGGGAUCAUCACUGUCCCUGGAUGAACAAGUGUAUCGGAGAGAGCAACCUCUUCUUCUUCAACUCCUUUCUUGGCAUCAGCAUGACCUCUUUAGGUGACAAGAUACCUCUGUCAGCAAGGUUGGGAAGUUGGCUCCGCGGCUGUCAGUCUUCCUUCUCUGACUACCAAGCCUUUGGAACUGUGGAGGCAGUCGCAGCUGCGAUGCGAAGACACAGUGCCAAUGCGCGCUUGCAAGAGGCUGCCGCCUCGGCCCUGAGUUCCGCUGCGUCCUGGCCAGCCAUGCAAGCAGCUGCAACCAACAACGGUGCCACGGAGGAGAUUGUCUCCGCGAUGCGCCGAUUCCCUACCGACCCGGAGCUCCUGGCGGCAGCAUGCAGUGGUUUAGCAGGUCUGGCUGCAAAUCAUCCUCUGAACCAGUCUGCCCUUCUCGGCUGUCGCUCCAUUGAGGUGAUCGUUUCUGCCAUGGAUGCUUUCGUGCACCAUGCUCGGCUGCAGACCAUGGCCUGCGGAGCCCUUGGAAACCUCGCGGCAAACAGCCCGAACAACCAGGCUGCCAUUGCUUCCCGAGGAGGUUUGCAAAGGGUGGUAAACGUGCUGAAACACCAUCAAUCGAAUCCGGUUGUUCUGGCAGCGUCUCUUGGGGCUGUUUGGUGCCUGAUGAAGCAGCACCUUGCCAAUACAGAAAUGGCUGCGCAACUAGGAGUGGCAGAACUUUCAGCUGCAGCGCUGCAGACCCUCGGAUGCAUCCACAUCCGCGAGAGCGCCACCCGGAAGAGCGAGGAGUGCGCAGCAUGGAAACUGCAGCAAGAUGUGGAGAGAAUACUGCACGAGAGCAAGCGCGAUCUCCUGCGCAGUUUAGACUACUACACGCAGUCAGCCCGCAUUAUCAAUGCCACUUGCAGUGCGUCAAUGGCAUCAGUCCCCAUGCCUCCGAGCAUCUUCGAGCAGCCAGACCCACCCUCUUGCCAACCACCGGCUUCUGGAGCGAUGGAGGAUCACGUGGCCACCAGCGAUCCAUCGAUUUAUUUGUCCGCCGACUUCGUGCCAGAGAAGUUGGGAGGAUCCCAUCUGUCGAAUGAGGAUCAGAGCGUACAGAAAAUGUCUUCCAGGCAGAGGCGCCACAUGCGCUGGAAGAAUGCAGAAGCUAACAGCAAUUUUAUGUCAAAAUCGCAGAUCGGCAAGAUCAUGUCUGAGGCAAGUUGGUCAGAGCGCAUGGUGAGGAGUAAAUGCUUCGAGUGGUUCAGUGGCUCCUUGAUCCUGCUCAACUGCAUAUUUAUUGGAUGGCAUACACAGAUGAUGGCUUUGCGGGCUAUUGAGCACACGAAUCAGAACAUGGAUCCACAAGUGAACACUUCGACCGAGGUAUUGAUCAUGCAGGUUGGCUUCACCGGGUGCUUCCUGGUGGAGCUCUUCGUGCGAUGGGCAGCUGAAGGUGUCAUCGAUUUCUUCAGGUCGGCAGACCUGGUGUGGAAUGUACUGGACGUCGUAUGCGUCCUCAUUGGUGUGGUGGAUGCUUCAGCUGAGAUUGUCAUGCUUGCGACAGGGCUCGAGGAACAGACUCCUCUUCGGGGCUUUACCGUGAUGAGGGUGCUGAGGGUGGUGCGAAUCGUGCGCGUGGUCCGCGUGAUCCGGAUUAUGCGAUUCUUCCGAGAGCUCCGCAUGAUGAUCUUCAGCACGGUGAACUGCUUGAAGUCCGUCGUUUGGAUCAUCCUGUUUUUAUUCGGGUUGUUCUACAUGUUUGGUGUUGCCUUCACGCAAGCAGUCACAAGCUAUCUCGACAACCUUGAGAUGAGAAAGCUGUCCGAGUACUCUUCCUUGCAGCUCUACUUCGGCACUUUAGACAGCUCUAUACUGGCUUUGUACAUGGCAAUGUCCGGGGGGCAGAACUGGCACGUCUACUACGACUCGCUGGCCACCAUGAGCGGUGGGCAGUUCUGGUGCUUGCUGUACAUUCUCUAUAUUACCUUUGCAUUAUUCGCAGUGGUCAACAUUGUCACCGGAGUGUUUGUAGACACCGCCCUCCAGUCGAGCAAAAACGAUCGAGAAGUGGUAGUGCAGGAAGAGCUGGAGCAAAAGCAGGAUUACCUGAAGCAGCUUCAUCAGCUGUUCCAGGCCAUCGACGAGAACUCCGAGGGUCGCAUCACUCGCGAGGUCUUGCAGCAAGCUUUCAGGCAUGAGACCAUCCUUGCAUACUUCUCCCAUCUGAAGAUAGAUGUCCCAGAUGCGGCCACGCUUUUCGAGCUCUUGGACUUCGAUCAGUCCGGCACGAUCGACUUGGAGGAGUUUCUUCAUGGUUGCUACCAACUCCAUGGUGAGGCAACACACCUGGAAGCAAAGAUGAUGCAAGCAGAAGUGAGGUUUAUGAAGGAGACCUUGAUCAAGCUUGUCGAUGACAUGCAGAAAGUGCAGGAAAAGCACUUUGCCGCCUACUGCUACCGCUUCACUGAGUUGCAGGCAGCGGCACCCGGAGAGCCUGGACUGAGGACACGGCAAGUGCGUGA